AUGGACUUCCUCCGUUCUCACAGUCGCAAGGGAAGGUCGCGUUUCUCAAAAGCCCUGCCCACCCCUCCGUCUCCAAAGGCCGAACCCAUUCCCAAGUCUAAGCAGCUACCUUCGAUACCUUCCGUUCCACCCGUCCCUUCCAAGAAGGCCUUCGCCAUGUCAGACAAACCGCUUCCACCGCCGCAACCCCUCAACCAGUCUCUCCCUCCCCUCCCUCCCCUCGAGACGAAAGCGCUACCCCCAGUACAUAUACCUCGCCGCCCAGUUGCAAAGCAACCAUCGCCGCCAUCCGCUUCGGCGAACCAGCAGCAGCAACAGCAGCAGUCAUAUUCUCCCCAGGACGAAAGAAACUCGAUCGGUAGUCUGCUUUCAGCGUAUUCAAGAAGCUCAGGGGAAUCGCUCAUGUCGCCGGAUGGAAGCGCAAGUCAGAGAGACUCGACUCAGGCCUAUGCCUCUGAACAGUAUGGAACAAGGGAAAACAAGAUCUUGACGCCAACCUCGUUGUCAUCUGGUGACAAUGACCACUAUGGCGCACAAAAGUUCACACCCAACAAGGGCCUGCCACCUCAUCCGGCCUACUACAACAAGCAGGCCGGGUCCGGUCCGAUCAAUUCGGCACCUGCGCCGACUGCUGGCAGCCCGACAAGCGCUGAAUCAACCGCAUCGCCUCAGCAACAACAGAGACCACUAUGGAGGAGGAGAUCUGUAAAAUCUGAUCGUAAUAUAGAGGUUCCAGAUUUACAUCUGACAGCCAGCCACGGGUCGACUGCUGCUUCUCAACCAAACACCGCGCAAACUUCAUACUCGGCAACCCCUCCCCCGGCCCAGCAGCAACAAUUUCCCCCUCGCAGCACAUCAAACCUUCCUGGACGAAAUAUUCGUCCUGUUCCCGCUCAAAGUCAAACAGCCCAAACGAACAACAUGGGUCAGGAAGUGUCACGUUUGAAGGAGAAAAUCCAUCACUUGCGCGAUGGCCAGGAUGGCGCAAACAUGGUAGCCUCUCACAGCGACACGGCGCUUUCGCCAACCCAACGCCUACCGACUCCCGAUUAUGCCAAGGAGGACGUUAAGACACCGGUUGUCGAAACCAUUGUAUCGCCCGUCUCACCCGCUUCAUCUCCCGAGCCUGGGCGCGAUCAAGCGAAUGAAUCCAAGCCUUCCAUUCCUCGAAAGGCGGUCACAGAACAGAACUUACACAAUGCCCAAAGCCUGCCCCAAAUGCGCGUGGAUGGACCUGUCACCAGCAACGACGCUCCUCCCACAAUCACGAGAGACUUCGCAGUCAAUCCCGUCAAUCCCGAUCCUCGGAACCAGCUCCCGCCUCGGGCCGCAUCCAUCAAGCAACGACAACAACAGCAGCAGCAGCGGGAGUAUGUGCCCUAUGCGCCGGCACCCGGAUUCGCGCAGGGAGACACGCGACCUGCCUCGAGAGAUCAGCGUCCCAACCAGGAACCCGUCGAGUACCGCGAGCUCAAGGUCAAGGACCUGCCGCCUGCCGACCCUCGCGCGUCGUUCUUUCCCAUGCAGGGUUCCGAGCCUCCCAGCCCCGGCAUGAUUUACAAGGCUCUGCCCUUGAAGGAGAGCAUGCUCGACUGCUAUGUCAAGCACCGCACCAUGGACCGCACGCGCAACCGGAACUACGCCCUCACCUGCCAGACUUGCGGUAAGGCCGAUACUGAGGAUCGUUACAAGUGCCAGUUCUGUUACGUGCGUAUGUGCGGCUCCUGUCUUCAAAUCUUCAACAGCAACCAGAGAGAUCUCCGGAAGCUCAUGGCUCACCUGGAGGGCAACCCACAGAGCGGCGGCUCUCGAGAACGCCCUGCUACGGCUGCCGGCAUUGAGGCCCCCCAGAAAGAGGAGCAGCGCACAGAUGAACAACAACAGUAUCACCAAUCAGUUGCGGCCUGA